GGAAUUUUAGUCAUUUUGGUGAUUGCAUAUUCCACUCAAGAUUCUGAAAUUAUAUGUUGUGUGUUAUGGUUCUGUAACUUUCUUGAUAUUUUUUUCUAUGGAAUCUGAUAUUUUUAGUGUGAAUGAAGGUUCUUUGAGUAUUUUGUAAUACACAAUGAUGCCAUAUUUAUCUUUUCAGAAUCAAAAAUUGUGUAUAGAGAAUUGAAUAAGAGUUUUGCUACCCCUUUUUGCUUAUUCAAAGAAAUUCAACUAGAUAUGAUUUUUGUUGAUAUGGCACCAGUUUGAUGCAUUUGGAAGUUAACUUAUUCUAAUUGCUAUGCCUUUAAAAUAUUUUGUUUGCUGAAAUUUAUUUUGGAUAUGCGGUCUAGUCUCACUUCCGUCAUGAUAUUUGAUUUCUUGGUUGAAAUUUAUACCACACAAGUGCUGUUUCUUGCAACCUGCACCAUGUUCGAAAUUUGAAAUUUGAGUCUUGCUUCCUUUUGCAAUAUGCUGGGAAGUUCAUAUCAUUUGAACUUAAGUUUCUUGUCCAUUUCCAUAUCUUAAGGUUUUACCAGUCUCUGCCUCAUCAUUCGAGAAGGGUGAAGCUAAAGUAUGAUUUCUUGUUUUGGUGUUUUUUAUCCAUUGGUAUGCUGGAAUUUUUGAAUCGUAUAUUGUUUCAAUUAAUCCAUGUUUUUUCUCAACAUUUGGCGUUUGUUUUGUAACCUUUUCGAUAGUUUCUUUAGGACCAAUGACCCAUCUCGUUGUUGUAAUUAAAUUGAUAAGAAUCAGAUUUGCUAAAAUUAAGUAGGAAUAAGUUAGGUGUUUUGAAAGAAGUAAUCCGUUUGUGCUCAUGCCUUGACAAUGUUGAUCAUGUAAUUAAAUUGGUUUGAUUGUGUUAGAUACUCCUGAAUCCCGUCUAAUUUUUUUAUGCAAGAUAAGUGUGAAUUUGGAUGACCCCUAAUGUUAAAAUAGAAGUUGUACCCCUAGAACUAUGUUCUCACUGCCUAAGCCAUCCAAAUUUAGGCAUUUUAUUGUUUGGUCAAAUCUGCUCAAGUAUUACAUAACUAUUUUAGAAGAACAGAUAGGGAUUUAUCCUGCUUCUGAUUGUAGUUCGCUUAUAACUCAAUUAACUGCAAGUGUUUUCUUCCAUUGGUGAACUUAACAAAAGAGUAAGAAAGGUAUAAGAUUCCAGUAUAGCUAGGUGUGAUAAGAGUUGUACAUGUACUUGUGGUCCUUGUCAAGUUCUUGUCUUGACAGGUAGGGAAAUGCUAUUGUUUGGAAUAUGAGCCGCUAAAACAUGUCUUCUUCUAGUCUAAAAUUUUAGUUCUUGUUUGUUUUGAAGCAAUCAGGCAAUGCUCAUUCAUAUUCUCCUGCUUAAUGAUUUGCUUCACUUUUCUUCUCAAAAAAAUAAGCGGCUACACUUUUCUUACUCAUACAUUCUUCGAUAAUUUGUAAGGACAAACAACUACAACUGAAAGCUUCAAGGAAAACCAUAGUAAAUUAUCACACCAACUUACUUAGACCAGAUAAUGCUAGGCAGUUUUAGCCCAAAACCUGAGACUCUUCAAGCUAGCAAAUCUAAAAAAUUGAAAGUGGAUGUGGCGGUGGAGCUGAAACUUGUAUGAAUGUUUCCUGAAUAUGACUUCAAUAUUGCUUCCUGUCUUUAUGUAAAAUGUUUCAUGACUUGCCAUUCCUUUGCCUUUACAGAUAUACUGGAAACACAACCCCGGCCAUAUAAGUCUGUUUCUUAUCAAACACUUGCUCUUCUAAGUCUCCUUUUUCUACUAAAACUAGAGUAUAUUUUACUUCUAUCUUUGGAAAUUAUUUGCUAACGGUGCAGGCUCAUGACUAUGAGAAAUGUUGGUGAACGGUCAGUUCAACUGCAAAGAAAAAAUAAAGUAACAGCUUUUUGCUCUCUGAAGUUUUAUCCAAAAAAAAAAAAAAAUGAAGUAACAACUUUUUCCUCAAGCACAAAGACUGAGGAAUCCUGACUGAGGCAAGAAAGAAAAUCCUUACACUAGCCUUCAACAGACCAUGAAGAGUGCUCGGGGAUCUGGUGUAGAUAAAAUUAGCAAUUUGCCUUGUAAUGUUCUGGAUGGAAUUCUAGGGUGCUUGUCUUUGAAAGAUGCAGUGAAGACCAGUAUCUUGUCAAAAAACUGGCGGUACAAUUGGGUAACACGUAAAGAACAUGAUUUUGAUGAUGAAUUUUUCAGUUCUUGCAAAGACAAUCAAGAAGCCAAGACAAUCAUUUACCAAGUCCUACUACUCCAUGAAGGACCAAUGCUGAAGUUUAGACUUCAAGGUAGUAGAAUCCAAGGUCCUCAGUUGAUGAGUUGUCUUGAUAUUAAUCACUGGAUACGCUUCUUGUCAAAGAAAGAUGUCCGGGAAUUCACCCUUCGCAUAGGCUCAGGCAACGCAUAUCAUUUACCUCAUCAGCUUUUUACAUGCCAGCAACUAAGGCAUUUGGAACUUAAGCUAUGCUUGUUCCACCCUCCACCCGGUUUCAAAGGGUUUGUGAAGCUUAUUAAUCUUGAUCUUCAUGAUGUCAUUUUUGUUCCGUCUCUCAUUUCCAAAUGCCCGUUGCUUGAACGAUUGAGGUUGAGUUGGUGCAGAGGCUUUGACAUUCUUGAGAUUGAUGCCCCUAAUCUCAAAUGCUUUCACUUUUCUGGAAGAUUUAAGUCCAUUUGCUUCAAGAAUGCCCCUGUGCUUAGAGAAGUUACUAUAGUGUUGCUCCAUGUUUUUCCAGAUCCAUCACCACCUGUUUCUUCUAAUGUUACAAAGUUCUUCCAUUACAUGCCUUCACUACAGACAUUGGAUAUAUGCGGUUCAACAUUAGAGUACUUAACCAUGGGAGGUUUACCAAAGAGUCCCCCGACUGCUCUGAACAAUGUCAAAUCUCUCGAAUUUUCUAUCACAACUUUAAGAAAUGUUGAGGAGGUUUCUGGUGCUGUUUACUUGAUCACAAACUGUCCUAAGUUACAGGAGCUUUCAAUGGAUUGUGACUCAGUGCUCGAUGUUGUGGAACCAGUUGUAGAAUUCUUAGAAGCCCAAUCAAUAACCUCGUUUGGUGCUGCGAAGCUGCUUCAAAAAGUGGAGAUGUGUUAUUUUAAAGGUGCUGAGAUGCAAAUGGAGUUUAUGAAGUUUAUUUUGGCAUCUGCACCUGUACUUGAGAAAAUCACCAUGUUGAUGAUUCCGCAUGAGUUUCUUCUUUGUGCGGAUACACAGAUGAUGGAUGAGAAGAUGAAACAAUUCCCCCGAGCAUCACCCAAUGUUAGAUUCAUAUUUGUAGAAUAUUAGUUACACUUUGAGUUUAUAAAAACUAUACAGGGGUGUAUUUUUAGUAAUCGAUUGUGAGAAGCAAAAGGAUUGCCUUGAUAAUAGAUGUUUGACAAAGGUAACUAGAGAACGUAAAGCAUGUAUUUGUUUUCCAGCACCCCAAUCGAUUUUGAUCAGUCUGUUUUCCUA